UAAAGUGAUUAUUUAGCAUUAUUGUGUUGUGCGUGCAUGUGAUUUGUACUUCGACUUCGAUUUAUAGCACUUUACAUGACUUUUCUUCGCUGUAGUAUAUUGUACAUGGUUUUUCGCUACAGAAAAAAUGAGUGACCUUUCCCUAAACUCGCUCAUCUGGAUUGGUGUCGGGUCCAGCUUUGCCUGUUCUGGCCUAUUUUAUUAUCUAUACCGAGAAAAAAAUAAGGAAUUUAAUAAGCUAAAGGAAAUCCCCAUUUUCAAACCAGACCAACAGCUGGUCAAAAUACUGAAAUCCUCUCCUCACAAGCGCUUGCUGUAUGUUGCUGUGGAAGGUAUGGUCCAAGCAGAUGCUGAGCCUUUGACCAGUCAGUUUGUUCCACAAUGUUUUGGUGUUAUUCAGAAGACAACAAUGCAAGAAAACUGGCAGUAUUGGAACUCACUCAGCAAAACGUGGAAUACUCAGACCAUUAACAAAAAAGAGACCAGCAACACGGUCCCCUUCAGCCUGGUUAGCCCUGGGGCCUAUAUUGGUGAUUUGUAUGUAAAGGUCCACAAACCUCUGGAGGCCUCUGGGUGCUACCUUGAAAGGGUUUUCAGAAAAGUCAAACAUGCUGAGGAGGGUUUUGUGAAUGUAGUGUUGCAGGGCCUUAGUGGGAAGAAACCUGCAAAGAUUGAGGAGAGCGAAGAGCUGCUCCGAGUGGGAAGCACCCUGACUGGAUUUGGGGAGGUUGUGCUGGAGGGAGGCCAGGUAAUGCGUCUACAAGCUCCACAGGAUGGCCGGAAGUACAUCUUGGUUCCUACUGAUUACAGGAGCUUUAUAGAGAGGCACGAGAAGUCAGCGAGUAUGUGGAUGAAACUGACUGCUAUUACUGGCCUCACAGGGAUUUCUCUUCUAGCAGGGGUUAUGUACAACCUUUUUGGUACUCAUGGUGACAGAACAAAAAAGGCUUAGCAAGGUGAAUAGACAGGAAUUAGACAAAUGUUUGUUUUUUAAAUGGACAAAUUUGAAAUUAUUUUUAUUUUUAACUAUAUUUUUAUUUUUAUACUAUUUGUGAAUUUGUGCAUACUGUGACAUGAGGCCCUAUAUUUUACUAUAAUUAUUAGUAUAGUAAUUAAUUUAGUGUCUUUUGGUCAUACAAUAAUUGCAAUAAUAUAGGGAAUAAAUUAUUGUAGAACAGUUUAUCAAAUAAACAGGCUUUCAUUAAACUAUCAGGUAUCAGAGUUCUAUUUGUUCUUUUUUAUAUGCUUUUGACUCUAUAAAGAUAGUGUAAAAUAAGAUAAUAAAGAAAUAAAGCAGUUUAUUAUUAUAGUCAGAGUUAACUUGCCCUAAAUAGACAGUUGUACAUCCACAUUGUUUGUGGAAAAUAUGACCAGUUUGAACUGUAGGUUCAAAAGUAUUAAUUUGGUUUUGACAGGACCACAGCUAAAUCCAAAUAUUUUUUUUGACAGCCUAUAUAAAACCAGGGGUAGUUUGUUAACAAUGACUUGUGUCUGUUGUCUUAAUUAUUAUACAUUAUUUUUUAUUGUUUUAAGGUUUCUUUGUUAAUCAGCUAUGUUUUGGUCAAUCAUUUCUUUAUAUAUAUUGUUUAGGACACAGGUGGUCUUUUUUUUUUUUUU